AUGAAGUCAGUACCAUAUGCUAGUGCAAUAGGGAGCCUGAUGUAUGCACAGGUCUGCACUAGGCCUGACAUUGAUUUUGUAGUAGGUCUACUAGGGAGAUAUUUAUCUAACCCUGGUAAAGAUCAUUGGACUGCAGUUAAGAACAUUUUGAGGUAUCUCAAAGGGACCAAAGAUUACAUGUUAACCUAUAAGAGGGUUGAAAACCUUGAGCUGAUAGGAUAUACAGAUUCUGAUUUUGCCAGUUGUGCAGAUGACAGAAAAUCUACAUCAGGUUAUAUCUUUACAUUAGCUUGUGGUGUUAUAUCUUGGAAAAGUUCGAAACAAACAUUGGUGACUUCAUCUACAAUGCAAGCAGAGUUUGUCGCAUGUUUUGGUGCAGCCACACAAGCUGUUUGGUUGAGAAAUUUAAUUGCGCAAAUGUUCAUAGUCGAUUCAGUGAAUAGACCCAUACAGCUUUAUUGUGAUAAUAUUUCAGCUGUGUUGUUCUUUAAGAAUAAUAAAAGCAUCACAGGGUCUAAGCAUAUGGAAGUUAAGUAUUUGACAGUUAAAGAACUUGUGAAAAAGGGUGACAUUGCAAUAGAUCGUAUUGGAACUGCAGACAUGAUGGCUGAUCCUUUAACCAAAGGUCUUUCCCCAAGUGUUUUUGAAAAACACAUAUCUAACAUGGAGUUAGUGAAAUCUUUUGAUAUAUUUGGUUAA